AUGUCUAGACACCGGGCGGUUGGAAUCAAUAGUGAUGUCUUCGUGCCGGUUCGGCAUUUCCCGCUCUACCCCCACCGACCGGCACUGUCUGCCCAGUUUUUUAGGAGCACUCCUCUGUCCGUUCCUCCGGGUGUUGUACGUUCGCCACCUCAUGGUAGGUCAUUGGUUGAGGGUCGUGGUUGUGGUAUGGGGUACAGGAGAACCUGCAGGUACCAUGGUACGGAGGUCCAAUGGUACCGAGGCUAACACAGCAUGGAGUGCAGUAGGUCAGUGAAGUACCGCCUCCACGACGCAGUUUGCCUUCACGUGGUCAAGCCAAGAGCUUCAAAAUG